GAUGCUUGCAGGCUGAUCAUAAUUUUUUGGUUUUCUUGUGAUGAUUUCUGUUUAUUUUGAAGGUACUAUUCCCAUAAAAAGGAUUACCUUGAAAUUUGCCGAUGCUACAAGGCAAUAUAUGAGAUUCCAUCUGUCAAAGAAAAUCCUACCGAGUGGAUUCCAAUCCUGAGGAAGAUAUGCUGGUACUUGGUUCUAUCACCACAUGAUCCAAUGCAGUCAAGCCUUCUCAGUUGCACCUUGGAGGAUAGGAAUCUGUCUGAGAUUCCGAACUUUAAGUUACUGUUGAAACAGUUGGUCACUAUGGAGGUUAUCCAGUGGAUAACUCUUUGGGAUUCAUACAAGGAUGAGUUUGAGAAUGAGAAUAUCCUUGAAGAGAAUUUGGGUGAAGAAGCAGAAGAAGAUCUAAGGGAAAGAGUAAUUGAACAUAAUAUUCUUGUUAUAUCAAAAUACUAUGCGAGGAUUACUUUGAAAAGACUUGCAGAGCUUUUGUGCUUCAGUGUCCAGGAAGCUGAGAAGCAUCUUUCAGAUAUGGUUGUGUCCAAGGCAUUGGUGGCGAAAAUUGAUAGACCCAUGGGAAUAGUUUCUUUCCAAAGAGCCAAGGAUAGCAACGAUGUUCUUAACUCAUGGGCAGCAAACUUGGAGAGGCUGCUUGAUCUUGUGGAGAAGAGCUGCCACCAAAUACACAAGGAAACCAUGGUGCAUAAGGCUGCCUUGACGGUUUAAGAAGGUCCAUGCCACUAUUAAAAGUUACAGGAGGAGCUCAAUAUAGAUGUUAUUUUGGACUGAAGUUGCUUUGACAUAUGAUCAUUUGAAUUGUUGCUGAUUAGGUUGGUUAGGUAUUGGGGGAUUAAAUGACAAUGCUUUCUUUUUUCAUUUUAUUGUCAAUGAUGAAAUUAAGAUAGAGUUGAUACAUGCUUCUUAGUGUUGUAUACUAAUGGUUCAUACGUUACCACCGACUUAUGAGAAGAUCCUGAACGAUCUUGUUGUAGGUCGGUCAGUGGGAAGAUAGUGCUUGUAUUCUUUUGUCCGUUCAA